GCUUCUUCAGAACUUUGCAGAUAUAACUCGGUGGAGAAGAUAUUUGCAUUUGAAGAAGCAGAGUGUUUGUUAAGUGAGCUGUGAUCUACUAGCGGAGAUAGGAUAUUGUCUAUAAGGAACAACGCGAUCUGUCAAAACAACUAAAGCACCCUCAAGAUGGCCGGCGAUCUGAACGUGAAAAAAUCAUGGCAUCCCGGGUUGAUGCGCAACCAGGAAGCCGUGUGGAAGAAAGAGCAAGAAGCACUUGAUGAGCGCAAGCGGAUAGCCGAGCGGCAACGGGAGAUCCAGGAAGAGCGCGAGCGGGCGGAGCUGCAGGCGCUGCAGGAUGGCGGGCGGAAGCGGCAGGAGCGGGUGGAGUGGAUGUAUAACGCUCCGCAGGGAGGGAAUCUGGGGGUGUCUGAGGAGGUGGAGGCGUUUUUGAUGGGGAAGAAUACGGUUGAGGAACUACUGAGGCAGAGUGAGUCGCUCGGGACGUUGAAGGAGGAUGAGGAGCAGUCGUUUGUGGCGAGCGGGAGCGCGGCGGCGGGGGUUAAUGCGAAGGACGUGGCGGCGAAGGUGCGAGAGGAUCCGAUGUUGGUGAUCAAGAAGGAGCAGCAGGCGGUGAUUAACGCGCUGAGGAAUAAUCCCGACCGCGUGGCUGCUCUAAAGUCCUCGCGCUCGGCAUCAGACAGAGAGAGAGAGAGAGGUUCGCGAUCGCAUAGAGACAGCGAUGCAGACAGACACACAUCUACCUCCCGACACAGCUCGUCGCAUCGGCACCGCCGAGACCGCUCUCUCUCUCCGCGCAGAGAGUCCGCCGAUUCGCGACGGAGCAGCAGCGGGCGAGAUCGCGAUCGACAUGAGAGCAGUCGAAAGAGCUCUUCGACACACGAGGACUCUUCGUCGUCGCAUCGCCACCGUCAUCAUCAUCAUCACCAUAGGUCAUCGCGGGACAGCGAUCGGUAUAGAGAGAGGGAAGUGAGAGAGAGAGAUGCGGUGAGAGUUCGCGAUUGAUCUCUUUGAGUCUUUGUAUUGUAUAUAUGCCACAGUGUGUUGCGGAGUUUUGUACAUGUUCUGGGUGGGUUGGUUAAUACUAUAAUGUCUUUUCUACAACAUCCCUCUAUUUUGAUCAAAUAUACAGCUGUAAUCUGGUGAUAUCAACUAUAUUACAGAUGAAGAACAAAGACAUGGGAUAUCCACGGUUAGGGUAUCUCCGCCAUAAAAACCAAACGAAAACGCAGAGAGCAAACUGAGAG